AUUAAUUUUUCAACGUACCUGGUUUUUUCUUCGUUUAUUUUUUUUUUCUUCUUUUAUUUCUUGUUCGCUUUUCUUCUUCUUUUUCUUCUUGUUGUUAACCUUCAUUGGUAAAGAAGAAAAGAAGAUAUGCCGUUUCCUGACAACGACAUUCCGAUCAAUGGCCUUGGUAAAAGCUACGAAUUAAUUCAACGAUCUAAGGGUGAUGAAUUUGUAUCCGCAUCCACGGUCAAACACAAUCGUCAAUCCACGUACACGUUCGAAACAUUGCAGGAAUCUGCACAGUUUUUACUCGACCGUGUAAAAACACGUCCAAAAAUAGGAAUAAUAUGUGGUUCUGGUAUGGGAUCAUGUGAGCAAAACGAGUUGUGUCCAGGUUCGAUCGCUGAGUCUUUAGUCGACAAAUACUGCUUUCCCUACGAAGAGAUACCACAUUUUCCUGUAUCAACAGUGAAAGGACACACGGGACAGAUGGUAUUUGGUUAUCUCGAGGGUGUUCCGGUUAUGUGUAUGCAGGGAAGAUUUCAUUAUUACGAGGGUUAUCCACUUUGGAAGUGUUCAAUGCCUGUCAGGGUGAUGAAGCUCGUAGGAGUGACUCAUCUUAUUGCUACGAAUGCUGCUGGAGGAUUAAAUCCAACUUAUCAGGUCGGUGACAUUAUGAUAAUGAAGGAUCAUGUGAAUCUGAUGGGUUUCGCUGGUAACAAUCCUCUUCAAGGACCCAAUGACGAUCGAUUCGGUCCUAGGUUUCCACCAAUGAACAAAGCUUACAAUACUGAAUUAAUUAAAAUAGGAGAAGAAGUGGCAUCGGAGAUGGGUAUCGAUGAUAUAGUACACAAAGGUGUUUACACCUGUUUAGGUGGACCAAAUUUUGAAACAGUUGCCGAAUUGAAGAUGCUUCGAAUAUUUGGGGUCGAUGCCGUUGGUAUGUCCACGGUACACGAGGUGAUAACAGCAAGACAUUGCGAUCUGACAGUCUUUGCCUUUAGCCUAAUCACUAAUCAAUGUUCGACCGAUUACGAUGAUCAUACUGAGACUAAUCACGAGGAAGUAAUGGAUGUUGGAAAGACGAGGCAACCGAUACUUCACGAAUUCGUUUCGAAGAUCGUUACGCGUCUAAAGGACAUGAUAGAUUUCGAUAAAAAAUGAUUUUUCGUUAUCGAAUUAGAAUGAAUCGUAAGAUGUACUCUACUCGCUCCUAUUAUAUAGUAAGAGAAUUGGUUGACAUUGACAAAAAAAUACAAAUAACUCGCUAAUGCAAGAUAAUAAAAAAGAAAGUAAUUGUGGAUCAUUUGACCAAGAUACAAUUUUUAAAAUUGUAAUUGUCUAUUUUGUAUAUUAGGCUUUUUAUCGAUUAACAACAUUUUAGAUAUAACGUAAUCGAAGGCUUGAUUAAAAAUGUCUAUUGUUCGAAAUAAUAUUCAAAAUCAUUUUGUUUACUUUUAUAUUUGCAAAUUUGCGAUGUAAUUUGUUUUAUUUUUGCAGUUAUAUUAUUGCUUGUACAUAUCUAUUUGAAAGUAAUGAUUGGCGUUUUUAACGUUGUAGCAUUUUGUACGUAUACAUAUCCAUUUAACAGAUCGUUUUUAAAUCGACGAUGAAAAAUAUUGAAUAUUUCUUUUUAAUCAUGAUAAUCAGUAAAUAGAGACGUUCCGAUUACGUACGUCUAUUUUGAAGUUAUAUUAAUUUUUAUCAUCGUUAAGACAUUCAGAAAUAUAUUUAAGAACGUAAAUCAGAAAGAAAGAAAUCAUUUUUUGAUUUCAUUUUAGUUCAUACUCGUAUAACGUAAUCCAUUUUGCAUUUAUUACAUUUUGUUAAUGUUGAGCUAGACUACAUUUUAAUUAUUUUUUUUUAGAAAUUCAAUAAUAAUUCUCAUAGAAAUUGAUAACAUAAGGAACUAUGACAUAGAGAUUUUUUUUUUUUUUUUUUUUUUUUUUUGAGAGAAUAAAAUCUAAAAAGGCAACAAAAUGAUCUAAAAGAAAAAGAAAAAGAAAAAAAUAUAUAUUAAUAAAUAAGUCAUUUGUUUGCUGUUGUCUUCGUCAAAGCACAGAAAUGUAGGACAUAUAAUAUAAGAGAACGUAUAUACAAUAAUUUUCCAUUUUCUAUCAUUAUAUGAUUUAUCUAUUCUAUCAUUAUAUGGAUAUCCAUUUGGACAAAGUCUCUAAUUAAAACAUAAAAAAAAAAGAAGAAAAAAUUAUCAGUUUGAACAGAACAGAUUUUCAUAUUUUUUAUAUCGUAAUUAUAAGUAGUAAUGUGUUAAGUAUCAUAAUAUUUUUAAUAAUUUAUACUAUAAGCCGUAAGUCGCGACAGGAAUCUAAAGGAUCGAUUUGUAAAACAAUUUAUAUAUAUAUAUAUGAAUUAUCGAAGAACUAUAAUAAAUUAAUGAUUUGACUUUUAA